UACCACCGGAACGCUCGACUUGGUUUUUGAAGCUUAGAAGCAGAGCCCCCGAAGCCCUCUGCAGAACCUUCUCAGUCGCCAUUGCCAAGCAGAAGACGGAGCCAAACCAGAUGGUGAGAGAAUCAGAAGUCAGCUCUUGCUCGAGCACCAUCAAAUUCCUGUGCAGCUACGGCGGCACGAUUGCGCCACGUAGACCGGACGGCAAGCUCCGUUACCUUGGUGGCUUCACCAGGAUCCUCUCCGUCGACCGCUCCGUGUCCUAUGCAGAGCUGAUGGUGAAGCUCGUGGAGUUCUGCGGAUUCUCCGUCACGUUGAGGUGUCAGUUGCCGAACGGCGACCUGGAGACGCUGAUCUCGGUCAAGUCCGACGAGGAUUUGGCCAACAUCAUUGAAGAGUACGACAGAUCUUCGCCGAAUCAGAAAAUCCGAGCCGUCCUCUCACCUCCAGAAUCUCUCAAACAAGUUUCUCCUUCUCACUCCACCGUAGAUCUCUCCAGUUACAAGUCGCCGAUAUCCAACUACCGGCCGACGAGGUACUUCCCCGGCGAACUCUACGGUCGCCGGAGCCGCUCCCCUCCGCGCCGUUUCCCGGUCAGAUUUACUGGCGGAGAAGCGAAUCCGCGUUGCAUAAACCCCCGUCACUAUGCUUGCGGAGGGCCCAGGGUUUUCUGCAGCGCUCCUUGCUGCUGCAAUUAUGGGACCAGGCUCCCGCAUAAGGAAGUACAGCGGAAUUGAGGGCUAAUUAUAGGAACAGCAAAAGAAAUUACAAUUAAAAGAAAAGAGAGAGACGACGACGACGAAAAUCAUAGUUAAUUGAAUUAGAUUAAAACGAUUUAUUAUUUGUGGGUUGAUUUGACGAGACUGUACAAAUUCGACUCCAUGAGAUUUUUCCGGUUUGAUAUCUGUCGAUCUGUGCCCGCAGCCACUCCGCUUGGUUUUUCAAAAACAAAAUUUUCCCGACUU